GAACGCCGGAGACUGCUCUCUGGAUGUGACGUCAUUGUUGUGCGCCCAGGCCUAUCUUGCUGUUGGAGGACUGUGAGAUCAGUCGGUUGCACCGGAGAAGCUUCCAACAUGUCUAUCGAAAUCGAGUCGUCCGAUGUCAUCCGUCUCAUCAUGCAGUACCUGAAAGAGAACAGUUUGCACCGCGCAUUGGCAACGUUACAGGAGGAGACGACCGUGUCUCUAAAUACAGUGGACAGUAUAGAGAGCUUUGUGGCAGACAUUAACAGCGGCCAUUGGGAUACAGUGCUGCAGGCUAUCCAGUCGCUGAAACUGCCAGACAAGACCCUCAUUGAUCUGUAUGAACAGGUUGUUCUGGAAUUGAUUGAGCUCCGAGAGCUGGGAGCUGCCAGAUCUCUUCUGAGACAGACUGACCCCAUGAUCAUGUUAAAGCAGACACAGCCCGAAAGAUAUAUACAUCUUGAAAACCUAUUGGCUAGAUCUUAUUUUGACCCCCGUGAGGCGUAUCCAGAUGGCAGCAGCAAAGAGAAAAGGAGAGCUGCCAUAGCCCAAGCUCUUGCUGGUGAAGUGAGUGUGGUACCCCCAUCUCGUCUCAUGGCUUUGUUGGGCCAGGCUUUGAAAUGGCAGCAGCAUCAGGGGCUUUUACCUCCAGGAAUGACCAUUGAUUUGUUCCGUGGUAAAGCAGCUGUGAAAGAUGUGGAAGAAGAAAAGUUCCCUACACAACUGAGCAGACACAUAAAGUUUGGUCAAAAAUCACAUGUAGAAUGUGCCCGAUUUUCGCCUGAUGGCCAGUAUUUGGUGACUGGGUCAGUGGAUGGAUUUAUUGAGGUGUGGAACUUCACAACAGGAAAAAUAAGAAAGGACUUGAAGUACCAAGCACAAGAUAACUUUAUGAUGAUGGAUGAUGCUGUGUUGUGCAUGUGCUUUAGUAGGGAUACAGAAAUGCUAGCAACAGGAGCACAAGAUGGGAAAAUUAAGGUAUGGAAAAUUCAGAGUGGACAAUGUUUGAGGAGGUUUGAACGUGCUCACAGUAAAGGUGUCACAUGCCUCAGUUUUUCAAAAGACAGCAGUCAAAUCCUCAGUGCUUCAUUUGACCAGACUAUCAGAAUCCAUGGAUUGAAGUCUGGUAAAACCCUGAAGGAAUUCAGAGGGCAUUCCUCAUUCGUGAAUGAGGCCACUUUCACACAAGAUGGUCACUACAUUAUUAGUGCAUCUUCUGAUGGCACUGUGAAGGUUUGGAAUGUAAAGACCACUGAAUGUGCCAACACAUUCAAGUCCCUCGGCAGCACUGCUGGAACGGACAUCACAGUAAACAGUGUUAUCCUGCUGCCAAAGAAUCCAGAGCACUUUGUUGUGUGUAACAGAUCGAACACAGUGGUCAUUAUGAACAUGCAAGGACAGAUUGUAAGAAGCUUCAGCUCUGGUAAGAGAGAAGGUGGUGACUUUGUGUGCUGCACGUUAUCGCCCAGAGGAGAGUGGAUCUACUGUGUUGGAGAGGAUUUUGUGCUCUACUGUUUCAGCACUGUCACUGGCAAACUGGAGAGAACUCUAACUGUGCACGAGAAAGAUGUCAUUGGAAUUGCCCAUCAUCCUCACCAGAAUUUGAUUGGUACCUACAGUGAAGAUGGCCUUCUUAAACUCUGGAAACCAUAAUAGUUAAAACCGUUGAAAGAGACUGAUUAGAUGACAGUAGUUUGUACUUUUUGUUUUUGUGACAGUUUUUUUCCUAUGGCAAUAUACAGUGAAUAUUCCAGGCAUAUUUUAUGUCCUUGUAUACAUGAUGCCAUGUUGGAAAUACUCUGUAAUACAAGUGAUCAAUUUGCUAUAAUCCUCAUGCCAUAUUUUAAAAUGGAAAAAUAUCAUUCAAAUAUAUUACCAAUUUCAAG